AUGGGUGAGCACGUGGUCCAGAAGCUGAGUGAGCUCCAACAGCUAGACGCCAAUCUCCACUGGUUCUGCCCCCGAUCCACGGCCGACGACUUCGGACUUUACCUCGACGAAGACAUCCUGAACGAAGCCAAUCACGAAUCAGAGAAGGACAGGAGAACACGUCUGCAAAGAGUACAGGCGGUGGAGAGCAGGCGCGAUGCAGCGCUCGAAGCGUGCAAGAUCUUCGCCUUCGACGGCUCAGACGCGAAGCCAUACCAGGACUCAUUCAGGAAAAUUUUGGAAGCACAGUUGGGACGCUGCGAAAUCUGUGUGCGGGAGUACCACCGGGCGAGAUUCGUGCUGAUCCAAAGACUGGAGGCCGAAUACGAUACCGAAGAGGUUCAGCAGUUCAUCGACACCUUCGACCGUUUGAACAUCCGGCGUAUCAGCGAAGGUCUCGACAAAGCGACAGCGAUCUUGGAAGGGCUGCCUACUCAGCAACGCAACAUCAAGGCGAUAGGGGAUGCAGGGAUGUAUGCUCUCUUCGAGGCCUUGAACUGCAUUCCAUUCCUACGUGACGACCAAGCUCUACAGCAGCACUUUGAUCGUCCAUUCCGCUUGGUGCAGACGAACAAGAAGCUGAAGCUGCCAAACUACGCACCAGGAAUGAUCGCCUUCUUGUUCUCCAACCAUCAGGAGCGAUCCGCAUGGGCAGCCCGCAAUACCGAACACCUCAAACGGCAAAUGACUGCCCAAGAAUUCGAAUACAGCGUCAAGCCAUUUCUGGAGACUGCCAUCGCUCGCGUUCACAUUUUAGCGCUCGAGCGAGAAUUCCUGCCCGUCUUCUGGCGUGCUACCAAGCUGGUCGUGUUCAAGCUGAACAAAGAUCUGGUCACGAACAAGCUCAGAACACUGGACAGCAACAUCUACACUGUAGCACUGGAGCAUUUCCAAAUCGACGACAGCCACUUCUCUGACCUGCUGAACAGCUAUCAAAAGCUAAUCGAGCUGAGUCCGAAGGACUUCUGGGAGGCACUUGGCACUAUCAACGCUCAGGCGGUCGCCGACACCAUCUUCAGGAGCCCGACCCUGCAGCGCUUGCUGAAGACGAGAGACGAGCGUGAGCCUCUUCACCUGGACCAGAAGUUGCAGUGGACUGUGGUGCUCGUUAGAUCCAUCUCGGCCGGCAACCUUGUUCCACCAGUAAGAUCCAUGCUUGAACAGCUUCUGCGUCGGCUGCAGGAUGAUCAGUACUCCAAAUACGCCCAGUCCGUUGCCUGGUCCACCGGUCUCACCUGCCUGCUUACAGCGCUCGACAUGGUCAGCAGACAGGUCAAGGCUGGGCCGCUAACAUCGAAUAUGAUUCAAGUCGUAGCCCAGGACCACCUCGAUCCCAUUCUGCUUGAGUUGAGCGGCGCUCAGAACAAGAAAACGGAGAUGCAAAUCAGCAAGGAUGAGCAGCUCUGCCUUGACAUAGUCGAACAGAUCUUGACCAUGGACACAGCGGCCCUUCAUCAAGACCGCAUCACCAUCCUCAAGACGGCCAAGAUCGAGCAUGAGUUGCACAUCAGCGGCUUGGAUAUGUGGAAGAGAAGCAUGAGACUGGUCAGACGUGGUUACCCGGCAAUUGCAGCUUCCAUUCUUUCGGGCAUUGGAGGACUUCUACCUUUGGAGGCUUUCCCGCCACGGCAGGUUGAAAAGGCAGUCAAACCAGCCAGAGGAUGGAAUGAUGCUCUGAAGCGCUCCCUGGAGUAUGUCGGCAGUGAUCUCCUUGACCGGCUGGAUUCGUUCGAAUACGAGGAUGUGCUAGAAGUGAUUCAAGACCCCAAGGGCUUGGAAGGUAUCGUCAGACUGCUUCUCAACGGCGACCAGGAAAUACACCAAGGAGCCGUCAGCGUCUUGAAGAUCCUGAGCGAGGCGGACGACCGAAGGGGCUGUCUGAUGCACGUGCUAUCGGUCUUCUACGCCACUGCCAUGCCAGCCUUCAAUCGCGCGCUGGACGAGCUUGCAAAGGCACUGUGCUUUCAGCCUUCCAGAAUGACGCUCAAAGUGUGCACCGAUGUGUUCAGCUGUCUUUGCGACUCUAGCGACGGCAUACUUCGCUCAGUUGACCGCCCUCGGAAACAGGGCAAGGUCCUGGAGAUGUUUUGGAUGCGGGUCUGGCAGCUUCUCGGGAUGAUCUUUCAACAAACUGAGAACUGGAGCAAUCUUGGGUACGACAAGCAGGGAAUGCAAGACUUCUGCCGAGAGGUGAUGGAUUUUGCGGACUACACCUUCGAGCAGUACUCCGUCAUCGCCGGCAGCCUCAUGGACGAAUAUGGCAACGACAGCUAUGGAGUGAACAAGAUUUUACUGGAGCAUGCCAGGGCGAAAUUCUCGUCCAUCUCCAAGUGGCUUCGUUUGCGUGACGACUAUCUUAUCACCAAGGCUGUCAGUCUCACGGCCAAGAUGCUUGCUCGCUUGGGAGAGGUCGAAGUCAGGAUAGACGAACAGGCGGCCCAAUUCAUCGAGGGCAUCGUGAUCAGCACACAGCAGCAGAAUCGUGUCAAGACCAAGUUAAGCAUGCAGCAGAAGGCGGAGCUGCGGCGAGCACUUGAGCGGCAUCUCGGCCGUAGCUUGUCUGAUACUAUUGAUCUCGAGGCAGAGGACCGGCCCAAGAAGCAGAGGAACUUGGAGGACUGGGCUUCGAGUGGUAGAAGCAGUGGUGCAUCGACUCCCAUUGGCGGUGUCUCGCAAUCUGCUAGGCCUGGCACCAUUGAUGUGGAUGCGUGGUCGGAUGCCGCCAGACGACGGAAAGGGAGGGAGGGCUCCGAGGGCGAUGGGGUGAAGAAGCUGAUGGGUUCUAUGAAUGCGUCUGAGCGACUUGCGCAGAAGAAAUUGCAAGAGCGGCAGAAGAAGCCUGUGUUGAACCCUGCUACGGCGAAAGCCGCUCAGAGUCAGCAGAAGGACCAGCAGGAAUUCCUGGCGAAGCGAAAGCGGGCUCAGGCGGAAGCAGAGCAAGCCAGAAAGGCUGCCGCUGAGAGGGCGAAGGGCGUAGGGGUCGGAAGUGGUGUUCUCGGCUUGGGAGACAUGGGCAAAGACCAUACGAUGAAAGGCAAGAACGUCAUGGUCUCUUCGGAUGAGGAGAGCGAAGACGACGACGAGGAGGACUUUGAUGACGGGCUUUUUGGUCCCAGUGUCAAGAAGAAGGUUGAGCGCCCGAACGUCGAUCCGAACGGUGCUGUCGGGUUGAAGCCAGAGGUCAAGACAGGGCCGACCAAGAUCCAGCGCACCGCCCGGAGCGCGAGGGACAUGCGUGCGCGCCUUGCGCCGGACCUCACCUCUCUGCAUCGGGUCAUUCUGGGCUGGGACUUCUUCCACGACGGCGACUAUCCGCCUGGCAUGAACGAGAACCAGUUCCGGCAAGUGGCGAACUCCUUCAACGACCCAACAACAUACCAGCAGACGUUCCAGCCGCUCCUUACGCUUGAAGCAUGGCAGGGCCUGGUCCGAGCUCGCGAAGAAACCUCCUCUAAGCCAUACGAAGUUCGAGUCGCGAACAGGACCAACGUGGACGCCUUCAUCGAGAUCAGCAGCAUUGUGGGCCACGCGGAGAACCGUGAGCUACAGCUUCAGGAGGCCGACAUCAUAUUGCUGUCCAAGGCCAAAAGCCCAGGUCAAGACGCCACCGCGCCUCACUGUCUGGCCCGCAUCUACCGCGUCAAGAGGCAGAAGGCGCACUGUGAGAUAGUGUACCAGCUUCUCCCCGGUAGCAGUCUGGCACCAUCACUUGCCGGACAGACCGUCGUCUGGGGCUUGAAGGUCCAGUCAAUCACACCGCUGGAGCGCGAAUACGGUGCCCUCCAGGCUUUGCAGUACUACGACCUCUGCAAUCAGAUCAUCCGAGCGAAGCCGUCGAAGAGGAUGAACUACAGCGAGAAGCAGAUCACCGCCUAUCAGGACAUCUGGAACGUCAACAAAGCUCAGAGCGGAGCGAUCAAUGCUGCUCUGGAGAACGAAGGCUUCUCGCUGAUUCAAGGUCCUCCCGGCUCUGGCAAGACGAAGACGAUCGUCGCUAUCGUUGGCGGCCUCCUAACUCAAGUUCUGAGCUCGUCGAGCAGUGGCACGAAGAUCUCGAUGCCUGGAGGGCACGGCAACGGAUCGCUCGACGCUCCGCCUCGCAAGCUUCUGGUUUGUGCACCCAGCAACGCCGCGGUGGAUGAGCUGGUCAUGCGUCUGAAAGACGGCGUCAAGACCAAGAAUGGCCGAGAGCACCAGCUCAACGUCGUCCGCAUUGGUCGCAGUGAUGCAAUCAACUCCCAAGUGCUCGAUGUCACCAUGGACCAGCUUGUGUCCAAGCGUCUCGGGACCAGCGACGUCGAUCAGAAGCAGCGCGAGAGCAACGCGGCGGUGUUCAAGGAGCACGAGAAGGUUUCCUCUCAUUUGAGAGACCUGUACCAGAAGCGUGAUUCUGGCACUGUGAAGGGUCCGGAGCAAGCGGAUCUUGAGAACGAGAUCAGCUCGACGCGCAAGAGGAAGAAUGAGCUUGGCGUCAAGAUUGACAAUGCUAAAGACCAGGAGCGCAACGCUGGCCGCGAAGCCGAACUCAACAGAAAGAAAGCACAGCAAGCUGUUCUCGACGAGGCACAUGUCAUCUGCGCUACCCUCAGCGGAAGUGGUCACGACAUGUUUCAGAGCCUCAACAUCGAAUUUGAGACGGUCAUCAUCGACGAGGCGGCGCAAUGUGUCGAGAUGAGCUCGCUGAUUCCACUAAAGUACGGCUGCGUGAAGUGCAUCAUGGUCGGAGAUCCGAAGCAGUUACCGCCAACGGUGUUCUCGAAAGAAGCUGCCAAGUUCCAGUACGAGCAGUCAUUGUUCGUGCGCAUGCAGAACAACUUCAGCAACGAGGUUCACUUGCUGGAUACGCAGUAUCGUAUGCACCCCGACAUCUCCGUCUUCCCAUCGCAGACCUUCUACGACGGUCUCCUCAAGGACGGCAGAGGCAUGCUGGAGCUUCGGCAGCGGCCGUGGCACGCCAGUACCAUGCUGGCACCUUACCGCUUCUUUGACGUUUCGGGCCAGCACCAGGCCGCCCCUCGAGGUCACUCGCUGGUCAAUACUGCUGAGAUCGAAAUUGCCAUGGCGCUCUACAACCGGCUCAGGACUGACUUCACGGGCUACGACUUCGACGGCAGGAUCGGCAUCAUCACACCUUACAAGAGCCAGCUCAAGAUGCUCAAGGAGCGCUUCUCUCAGCGGUACGGAAGCGACAUUUUGGAAAUGAUCGAGUUCAAUACUACAGAUGCAUUCCAGGGCCGUGAGAGCGAGAUCAUCAUCUUCUCGUGCGUGCGUGCUUCGCCUGCCGGCGGCAUCGGCUUCUUGCAGGAUAUCAGACGUAUGAACGUGGGUUUGACGAGAGCGAAGUCGAGCUUGUGGGUGCUUGGGAACUCGGACAGCCUUAUCCGCGGCCAGUUCUGGAAGAAGUUGGUCGAGGACGCCAGAGCGCGUGAUUGCUAUACCUCUGGCAAUCUGAAGGCUAUGCUAGGUCGGCCAUCGUCUGUGUUCCCGGCACAGCGUGGUGCGGCGGUUCGAUCGAUGCCAGAUGCUGGUGCUCACGUGCCGCAGAUGCAAGACGCGCCAACCACUUCGUCGACCGCCGUGAAGCCGCGUCAAGGCAGCAUGAACGGCAAUUCAGGGUCAAAGGCGGAUCGUGGCGACCGUAUGGAAGGUGUUAGCUACAAGUUUGCCGAUCGGAUCAAGAAGAUGAAGGACAGCCCGGAUGCCGGCGGUGAUGGCUCGACACCAUUACCACCCCUUGGGAAAAUCCCCGACGCCUCCGUAGAGCCACAGGACGUGGAGAUGUCGAAUGCAGAUAGCCCGGAGAGUCGCGGUGCAACGCCCGGCAGCAAUGUAUCUGGAGCUGAAACAUCCCUUCCCGCCGGCGAAAGACAGUCGUCAAACCCGGCUGAUGGAAAUGCCAAACCCAGAGCGGGAGCUGCGGCACGUUCGGUGGCGCCACAGGUCAAGAAGCGGCCAGCGGCCAGCCCUUUCAUGCCCCCUCGCAAGCAUCCGAAGCCUAGGCCUUGA